ACUGUUAUAAAUACAGAACAGAGCAUUUCUUCCCGCCGUUUCAGAGAGAAAAAGUGUGUUUGUUGUGAAGCCAAGCGUAUUGAACAAUCGUCGUUUCAAUCAUCCUCACCAUAUAACGGUUACUCAAUCGCAAACCCUAAAACACUUUCUCACUCUUCUCUCUCUAAUGGAGCUUCGUUCUCGUCGACGCCUUUCUGAUACUAUGGAUUCCGCGGCCGACAAGGGGAAGCGGCCGAAAGAUGAUACUGAUGAAGAUGAUAAUCAUGUUGUGUCUUUGAAAUCUGAUUCUGAUUAUGAAGAUGAAGACUUUGAUGGGAAUCACCCUUUUGACUUGAAUCAAGACCCAACUAUAAGCUUUAGUGUUUCUGAUGGAGAAGAUAAUGCUUCUGAUUUAUCUGAUUGUAGUGAGCCUUUAUCUAAACGGGUAAAGGCACAGUCCAUCAGAAAGGGAGGAAGAAAAUCCAAGAUAGAAAUCGGAGACUUGAAUGAUGAAGAGAGAGUUUUGGAGAACAAUGAUGAAGAAGCUCCAAUCGAUUUUACUAAGGUGAAAAAGAAGAAACAAGCAAAGAAAACAAAAAAGGGUGAUUCUAAGCCAGUUUUGUUAUGGCAUGCUUGGAAAGAGGAACAUGAGAGAUGGAUUGAUCAGAAUUUGUUGGAAGACGCUAACUUAGAUCAAAGUGAAGUGAUGAAUGAGACAGCCGAGGCACCGUCUGAUCUGAUUGUUCCUUUGUUGAGGUACCAAAGGGAGUGGUUAGCCUGGGGUUUGAAGCAGGAAAAUUCUGCAACUAGAGGAGGAAUCCUUGCUGAUGAAAUGGGUAUGGGAAAAACUAUUCAAGCAAUUGCCCUUGUCCUUGCUAAACGUGAAUUACAACAAAUGUGUUGUGAACUGGAUGAACACUCACAUUCACCUGGGUCAUCUAAAGUCCUGCCUGCGGUUAAAGGAACACUAGUCAUUUGUCCUGUGGUUGCUGUCACUCAGUGGGUUAGUGAGAUUGAUCGAUUUACUUUGAAAGGUAGCACCAAGGUUCUGGUUUAUCAUGGGGCGAAGAGAGGAAAGAGGGCUGAACAUUUCUCGGAGUAUGAUUUUGUAAUAACAACAUAUUCUAUUGUUGAAUCCGAGUACAGAAAAUAUGUGAUGCCUCCUAAGGAGAAGUGCCCAUAUUGUGGAAAAUUAUUUUACCAGAGGAAGUUAUCUUAUCACCAGAGGUACUUUUGUGGGCCUGGGGCUGUUAAAACAGAAAAGCAAUCAAAGCAAACCAGUAAAAGAAAUAAAGCCCAUAGUUCAAAGUGGGAUGGAGAGUUGGAACAACAGAGUUCUACCAAAAAGAAGGAAGAGGAAAUGCCCUUCAUAGUAGAAGGCAAUGAGAAGUCAUUUCUGCAUGCUUUUAAGUGGCAGAGGAUCAUAUUGGAUGAGGCACACUAUAUAAAAUCUAGGCAUUGUAACACUGCAAAAGCGGUUCUUGCUUUAGAGUCUUCCUACAAAUGGGCAUUAAGUGGCACACCCCUUCAGAAUCGUGUUGGAGAGCUGUAUUCUUUGGUACGAUUUCUGCAGAUAGUUCCUUAUUCCUAUUACCUGUGCAAGGACUGUGAUUGCAGGAUACUUGAUCAUAGCUCCUCUAAACAAUGUUCAAACUGCUCCCACAGUUCUGUUAGGCAUUUUUGUUGGUGGAACAAAAAUAUUGCCACACCAAUCCAAUCAUAUGGGUAUGGUGAUGAUGGGAAAAGAGCUAUGAUAUUACUCAAAAACAAAAUUUUAAAGAGCAUAGUUUUAAGGCGAACUAAAAUAGGCAGGGCAGCUGAUCUUGCACUUCCACCUAGGAUCGUUUCAUUGAGGAGGGAUAGCCUGGAUAUAAAAGAGCAAGACUAUUAUGAGUCUCUAUACAAUGAAAGUCAGGCACAAUUUAAUACGUAUGUCGAAGAAAAUACUCUGACAAAUAAUUAUGCUCAUAUUUUUGACCUCCUCACACGGCUACGUCAGGCCGUGGAUCAUCCAUAUCUUGUGGUGUAUUCUCCAACUGCAGCAGCGCUAAAAGGUGGGAACUUGACUAGUAAUGGUAAUGUUGAACAAGCAUGUGGCCUUUGUCAUGAUGCAGUUGAAGAUCCUGUGGUUACCUCUUGUGAGCAUACUUUUUGCAAGGGAUGCUUGAUAGAUUUCUCUGCUUCCUUAGGACGAGUAUCAUGCCCCUCAUGCUCUCAAUUACUCACUGUUGAUUUGACUUUCAACAAGGAUGUUGUGGUUACUAAAACAACAAUUAAGGGUUUCAGAUCUUCAAGCAUUUUAAACAGAAUUCAGAUCGAGAAUUUUCAGACUAGUACUAAAAUAGAGGCAUUGAGAGAAGAGAUUAGAUUUAUGGUUGAAAGGGAUGGUUCUGCAAAAGCGAUUGUUUUUAGUCAGUUCACUUCAUUCUUGGAUCUCAUAAACUACUCCUUACAGAAGUCAGGUGUAUCUUGCGUUCAAUUGAAUGGAAGUAUGACAUUGGGUGCUCGGGAUGCUGCCAUUAAGAAAUUUACUGAUGAUCCAGACUGCAAAAUAUUUCUCAUGAGCUUGAAAGCCGGAGGUGUUGCUCUGAAUUUGACCGUAGCGUCUCAUGUUUUCCUCAUGGAUCCUUGGUGGAACCCUGCAGUGGAGCGUCAGGCUCAAGACAGAAUUCACCGGAUAGGACAAUACAAACCAAUCAGAAUUGUGAGAUUUGUCAUCGAAAACACAAUCGAGGAGAGGAUCUUGAAACUUCAAGAGAAGAAGGAACUUGUAUUUGAAGGGACUGUAGGCGGCUCUUCUGAGGCUCUGGGGAAAUUGACGGUGGCCGACUUGAAAUUUCUCUUUGUUACCUAAGCUUGCAUGAUAUCUUGACAGAAAAAUUUGUUGAUACUUCAUGAUAUACAUUUUUUGGUAACUAGUUUUUGUGAUCUAUCAUCAUCUAAACUGCCAUGUAGUUUCCAGUAUCUCUGAGCAGUAAACGGAUUAGCUGUGUAAAUAGGUAUAUAAUGGCUAUGGUUAUGAAGCCCCCGAAACAUAAAAAAUGAAACAUGAAUGUCGGUGUGACUUUGUUUACUAAAAUGAAGGAACGGAUCUUAUACUUGGUUGAAUCAAA